UGUGCCCCGCCAGCCCGCCUGUCCUGUCGACCCGAGCAGCUCCUGCCGAGCGAGCCGAGCCGAGCCUGGCGCCCAGUCCGUCUGAGGUCUGCCCCCGCUGAGAGCCGCUGCCGCCGCCGCUGCCGCACGACGGGACGGUCACAGCACAGCGACGAGGCGCUCUAGCCGGGAGGAGUCGAGACCCUCGCCGCGACCCUCGAGCACACGGCCGCCCUGCCCGCCCCCGCCCCCGCCGCGCCACGCUGCUCCCCGUUCGGACACGGCAGUGAAAGUGCAUGGUGAAAGUGAUAAGUGUGUGAUGUGAACAAGUGAACCAUGGCGGACCAGCUGACUGAAGAACAGAUUGCCGAGUUCAAGGAGGCCUUCACGCUCUUCGACAAAGAUGGCUCGGGCUCCAUCACGACCAAGGAGUUGGGCACCGUCAUGCGCUCGCUCGGACAGAACCCCACCGAGGCCGAGCUGCAGGACAUGAUCAACGAGGUGGACGCCGACGGCAGCGGUAAGCAUAUAAAGAAUGGAUUGAAUGAAGAAAGGCUCAUCAUUUUGACUAGCAGCAUCACAAACAAUCACAUGUUUCCAGCAUCACAGCUUUCCUUCUAA